AGAAACCGAUUUCUUGUCCUGCUUUUGUUUUCCAGCUUUGUUAUCCUAACAACCUCCCAACAUGAAUCAAUCAAGUCCAAACAGAAACAUGUUGCCAUGUUUGUGUUUGGAGAUUCGGUCUUCGAUCCUGGAAACAAUAACUUCCUCAAUAUCAGCGUUACCCAGGGGAAGGCAAAUUUUCCACCCUAUGGGGAGACCUUUUUCCACUAUCCCACCGGGAGAUUUUGCGAUGGACGCAUAAUUCCUGAUUUUACCGCAUCGUUUGCAGGUUUACCACUAUGGAGACCUUAUUUAGAUCCUGCUAAUCAUAAUUUGCUUGUUGGAGCAAACUUCGCCAGUGGUGGAGCUUGCGUGCUUGUUGAAAAUAAUCCAUAUACGCUCAACCUACCAAUACAACUAGGCUUCUUCAAGGAGGUGGUAAAUUUGUUGACACAGCAGUUGGGUGAGUCAGACACCAAGCAGCUGUUAAGGGAAGCCAUCUACAUUUCUAGCUUAGGGGGUGUGGAUUACAUGACAUUUGCCAGUUCUUCCUCUAAUGUUACUGAAUCAGAGAUGCAAGAAUAUGUUAACAUUGUGAUUGGCAAUAUAACAAACGCAACAAUGGAAAUAUAUAAACUAGGGGGAAGGAAAUUUGCAUUUCAGAGUGUUGGACCUUUGGGUUGUGUUCCAAAAACGAAGGCGGAGUUUAACUCCACUGGGGAAUGCGUCGAAUUUCUCCAAAUUCUAGCAACCAUGCACAACAAUGCUCUAGCAAAAGUUGCUGAGGAAUUAGAAAUCAGGCUAUCCGGAUUUAAGUAUUUAAUGUUUGAUUUCUUCACUUCGCUCAUGGAUAGAGCAAAUAACCCCGAAAAAUACGGUUUCAAGGUGGGUGACAAUGCAUGCUGCGGUGGCGGAGCAUACCAUGCCCAGACUGCUUGCGGAUGGUUAACAGAAGAAUAUGAAUUAUGCAGUGACCCCAGUAAAUUUGUGUUCUGGGAUGCUUUACACCCUACUGAAUACUGCUACUCUCAAUUAGCUCAGUUGUUGUGGAAUGGAACAGGAAACGUUACUUGGCCUCUUAACAUGAAGCAACUAUAUGAUCUUGAUAUCGACGCCGAGAUUUCUUCUCAAGACAUUGAUCUUAUAUCCGAUGCAUAAUUAUUUUUCAUAUGCAAACAAAGCCCAUUUUGUUAUGUUGUUUUCAUCACUAAAGAAUAAGGGUUAUAUUCCAAUCCAUUACAAUUCCUAAGUUGCAUAUGCUCGUUUGAAGAAUGGCGUAAAAUCUUAGAAGGUGCGUGUUAGCAAGAAAAUGAUGCUCAAAGA